UCCCGUUUACCUACAGUAGAAUUUUCAACUUGUGUGUUUGAGCAGAAGUCUUAUAGGCGCCUUUUAACCAAGUCACAUACGUAUGAAACAGCUGGUGUUUUAGAACGAUUUCGUCCAACGAAAAAAGUCGUUUUCUCAUCUUUUAUUUAUGUCGCAUUGAAUUCAACGAGUUCUAGUGUUUUGUGUUGUGUUCUUGAGAAAGAUAAAAUUCUCAGUGCAUUAAAGAGUUGCAGUGAGCUUCGAUAAUAGAGGUUAUAUCGAAAGACUAAUAGUGCUCGUAAGUAUUCCUUUAAAAAAGUGUUAUACUCGCUCGUUGAAAAUUUAUAAAAGUGUAAUUUAAAAAUUGAAGAGCAAUUAGUUACCACGGAUUUAAAAGUAGUGUAUUCGAAGGGAGUUGCUAUUAAAAACGUCUUACAACACAGCCAAUCGUACGCUUUAGGAAAAUAAUUUUUUUCAAAUUUUAUACAUCAAGGGCAAUCUUUUUUUUGAGAUUCAACGAGUAACCAAUUGAUUUUCCUAGACUAUAAAACAUCAAGAUGGGGUCACAUUUUGAAAUGAAAAGUGAAUUAAAACUACGCGAGGAUCAAAAGUACAAGUGCAUUGAUAAUCUUCAGAAACACACAAGAUUCAUAUCUGUGAGACCAACAAAAUCAUGCGUUCGAGCUCUUCGAGAAUAUUUUAUGAAUAUGAGUAAAAAUCUACCUAUACAAAACAUCAAGGUGGAAGUAGUAGACGAUAAAGGAUUCGGUAGAUUAUUAUUUCCAAAAAAUUCUGAUUUCCAACCACACGUGGAUACCAGACCACCAUCUGUGUUCGAAUUCACGAUUGACAGAGAUCAACGGUACUUUUCAAAAGGCUAUCAAAGGCAUCAAGGGGCGAUCGAAAUUAUAAAGCAAGAAUCACAAAAUAAUGUUGAAAGUAUAGGUCGGAUACAUUACAAGGCGCGUGUAAAAGCUUCGGAUGAUGUUUUUGCAGCAACAAAAACUCGUAUGGAAGAAGCGGAAAAAUUACAUAGAAAAAAAUGCGCUAAAAUAAUUCCGGAUACGAGCAUGAUAAAAAGCAGAUACCCACAAUCGAGGUUGGCUGCAAUGCCUGACUUGGUUUCAGGACAUGUAACCAAGACUUCCCCUGCGCACCUCAAGCAGGAAAAAGAGCAGCUUGCUCAAAAGUCAACGGGGGAUAAACCAUUAAAGGAGAGACCAUUAAAGGAGAGGUUGAUCCAUCUACUCGCCCUUGGCAAAACCCUCGGCACGGAUAUAAAAAGAAGGAUACAGACUGAGGGAACAAAGCAAGGCGAGAUGAGCGCCUUCCUCCACAUCCUGCGGGACGUUUCCAAUGCUCGAGAUGGGAAACUUCAUCUUAAGAGAAAUUGUUGGAAGCAGGUUAACUUAAACUGGCCGUUCUAUACGGACGAGGAGAAGAUUCAGGUCGAGAAAAAUAAACCUCCAGCUACUCCGUCGCCGCCAAGUGAUGGUAGCGGCAGCAGCAGUAGCAAAAGUGGAAAAACACCCAACUCGAUGCAGGCCGGCUCGCCUGCAGAAAUAACUGGUCCGCAAAAGCGUGAACCGACCACCCACUUAAACUCCAAUCCCAUCAAAAAGGCAAAAGUUCAAGAUAAACCAUCGGUCACAACGUCUAGGCAUAUUCUCACACUAAGUGAGAAACUCGAAGCGCUGAAAGCAGUAACGAAAGACAUCGCAAACCUCAAAUUAUCAAUCGACCAGACAACGGAAAAAAUAUUACUACCGGACUGGCCGGAGGUGCCCGAGUGGCCACAGGUGAUGCCGGAAAUUACCAAUUCCGAAGAACAUGUAAAAUGGUACGAAAUCAUCACAAAAUUUAUGCCUAGUUAUAGUAUCAUAUAUGACUGGACUGCGGCAGAAAAAUCCGUCUUAAGCAACAUAAGAAAUAUGAAGAAUAUCAAGCAAAAUACUCUACUAGGAGAGUUUUUGACGGAGGUAGCUUUAACGCUGCAAAUCCGACAGAAAUUUUUCGAGAAUUUACACAAAAAUGUUCAAACAAUUAAUCUUAGGCUAGAUGAUUAUUAUAAUAAGAAUAAUGGAAAGUACGUUAUGGAAUAUUAGAUUACUCUUUGCCAUUUGUAAAUAUUUAUAAUUUUAAAUGUGACUGGAUAGUAAAUACGAAAUAGUAAUGUAAAAAAUCGAAUUGUGUAAAUAUUAUACUAAUACGUACGACAAUAUACAU